GAAACCAUUUGAAUUUGUUCGCAAUAGCAGUUUGUGGUUGAUCGCGUACCUAGGCUAGUGGCUAGGUACAGCAGGUACCAACAUAGUUUUCGAUUCGGCGAUCGCGCGAUGCAAUGUUUCCGAUGUUGCAUUGAGCAAAAGUAAAAGUCGAAACGCCGUCAGUUAGCUCGCCGACCCACUGGCCGAAUACGUACAAAAUAUUCGACGCUAGUUUUAUAUUUCCGUGCGUGGUUCGUUCGAAAUGCUAGUUAUAUUGUACGUACUUUUAGCAAUAGUUGUCCUGGCUAUGGUAGUAGGCCUCUACCAGAAGAACACGAACAUAAUAUGUAAAUCCAAGAAACGGCUCGAUGGGAAAACGGCUAUUGUAACCGGAGGAACGUCUGGCAUGGGAUUACGAAUCGCAUUGGACUUCGCCGAUAGAGGUGCCAGAGUUAUCGUCGCUUGCCCGUUCGUAGAUGAAGGCACGCACGGCAGAAAAAUAAUCGUCCGAAGAACUGGCAACGAAGAAGUGAUCUUCAAACUACUCGAUCUAUCGUCCAACGCUUCCAUACGAAAAUUUGCAAAAGACAUCCUGACCACUGAGAAAAGACUCGAUAUUUUGAUCAAUAACGCAGGAGUCGGCACUGUGGGCGAAUUUAUUACCAAAGAUGGCUUGAACUUUAUAAUGCAAGUGAAUUAUUUUGGUACAUUCCUUUUGACAAUACUUCUACUCCCGUUGUUGAAGAAAACGGGAACUGUUCUCGAGCCAGCUAGGAUAGUAAACACUUCGUCAGUUCUACACAAUAUUGGCAGUGUUAAUUUCAAAGAGAUGAAUAGGGUGAACUACUGGUACCCGAUACAACUGUAUGGUAACAGCAAGCUCUGUUUGGUCUUAUUCGCUCGUGAAUUAUCGAGAAGGCUAAAGGGCACAAAUGUGAUAUGUAAUUGUGUUGACCCCGGUGCGGUUGGUACCACAAUAUUUAACUGUAGUGGUAAAUACUAUGGAGCUUUGGCGCAGUUUGUGUUUUCUGUACUAUUUAAGACGCCAUGGGAAGGAGCACAAACAGCCAUACAUACGGCAUUAGAUAAGAAAGCCGGUCUAGUGAGCGGGGAGUACUUCAAGAAUUGCAGGAUAGGUAAAGCGAAGCAGUGUGCGUAUGACGAAAACUUGGCAAAAGAACUUUGGGAUGAGUCUGUGAAACUUGUCAAAUUAUGUGAAGACGAACUUGAAGAGUGUUUCCAAUAAACUUGUGUUCGAUGCUUCGAA